AUGAAACCACCAAAGGGCUAUGUUGACCCCGGCAUCGACUGGGACAGUAUUACUGAACAGGAACAUGAGCAAACCUUCACUGACAAGCUGUUGGCCGCUGAUAUCGACGGCAUAUUCAGAGACAACCUUCAACCAGCAUUUGAUUCAGCUGUAGAGUUUGGCAAGAACAUCAGACAUGAUGUUGGCAAGUGGGUAGACGACACCAUCAAUGACGUAGGUGAAUUCGUAGAUAACCCAGGCACUGAUACAGCUUGGAAGGCCUAUGAGGACAUGGUUGCACCAGCAGGGAAGCUCGCUGUUACGCCAUUCAUUCCAGGUCAUGCACGAGGGGUUGCAGGAGCGCUGUAUGCGCCCAAGUUCAUCAGCGACACCAUUAAUUCUGGAAGUAAAAAUAUUGAGGAAGAUGGCGUC